GCAAAACAUACAAUUACCAUAGUACCUUUAAAAUUAAACUAGUUUACUUUAUUUUGCUGUUGGCAGAACUGCGGUGUGCUCGUGGAUCUUCUUGUUUCCGUCGCCAUAUCUUCUUUCCUUUCUCUCUCCAAAAUCAGAGAUGGGACGAGUGAUUCGUGCCCAGCGUAAGGGAGCUGGGAGCGUUUUCCGCUCUCACACUAAACAUCGCAAGGGAGCACCCAGGCUCCGUUCUCUGGACUUUGCUGAGAGGCAUGGUUACAUCAAGGGUGUUGUUAGGGACAUCAUCCAUGACCCUGGUAGAGGAGCUCCUCUAGCCGUUGUGCACUUCCGAGACCCGUACAGAUUUAAGACACGCAAGGAGUUGUUUAUCGCUCCAGAGGGCAUGUACACCGGCCAGUUCCUCUACUGUGGAAAGAAAGCCAACCUCCAAAUCGGCAAUGUGAUGCCUGUUGGCUCCAUGCCUGAGGGUACCAUCGUCUGCAACCUGGAGGAGAAGACCGGAGACAGAGGUCGGCUGGCGAGAGCAUCUGGUAACUACGCCACUGUUAUCGCACACAACCCCGACACCAAGAGGUCUAGAGUAAAACUGCCUUCUGGAGCCAAGAAAGUGAUUCCCUCCAACAACAGAGCCAUGGUUGGCAUUGUCGCCGGAGGUGGUAGGAUUGACAAGCCCGUACUGAAGGCUGGCAGAGCCUACUUCAAGUACAAGGCUAAGCGUAACUGCUGGCCCAAGGUUAGAGGUGUUGCCAUGAACCCCGUUGAACAUCCCCACGGAGGAGGUAACCACCAGCACAUCGGUAAAGCUUCCACCGUCAAGCGAGGCACCAGCGCCGGAAGAAAGGUCGGUCUCAUCGCUGCCAGAAGGACAGGAAGAAUCAGAGGAGGAAAGAAAGAUAACCUCAAGGGAGACGAUUAGACUUAAAUGGUUUUUAUGUUUUAUCACAAUAAAAAAGUUUAAAACCUUCAA